AUGAGAUUAAAUUCAUUAGUUUUGACAGCAAUUAUUGCUGGUGCAGAAAUUGUUUGGGCUGACUCAAUGGAAUUUGGCUUACUGGCAAUCAAAUCAGGUUCCUCUACUAAGUAUGCAAAUGUUUAUUCAGAUAAUGGUAAAUUAUAUUUUGGUUCAACUGAUAGUGCUCUAACUGCCGUUGUUACUGAUUCUGGUAAACUAAAAUUGAGUAAUAAAAAGUAUGUCAUUGUUGACAGAAAUGGACUCUGGAGUGAAACUAAAGAUUUCAAGAAAGCUUCAUUCGGUUUUGCAAUUCAAAAUGGGUGCUUAACCUAUUCAGGCAAAAACGAAUUCUACUCCGUUAGAGAUAUAAUGGGCAGAAAGAAAUACUACGGUUCCAGUUCUGCCAGUGACAGUGAUGAUUCAAAGGAUCACUAUACAAGCAGUAGUAGUGACAGCAAUUCUGAUAGUGGCCAUGAAACCAGUAAAGAUAAACAAUCUGGUUCUAGUAGUGAUAGUUCUGAUGAUGAAAAAUCUGACAAGGAUGAUUAUUAUGACAAAUAUAAUGGUGAUCGUAAAGGUAAACAUAAGAAUGGUAAGCACAAUCACACUGACGGAUAUUCCUCCGGAUCUGAUAACGAUAAUGAUAAUUAUAAACAUGAUUCGCACAGUGACGAUGAUGAUUAUCAUAAUUACAAAGUGGAUACCACCAAAGUUAAAAGAAGCAAAGCUAAACGAGAUGCUACAGAGACUACCACUGAUACUACUGCAAACAAAGUUGCUAAAGGAAAAGCCAGAACUAAAAAUUACAGAGUGUCUGCCAAAGAUGAUGGAGCAUCUGCUAACGUCAAAUUAAAAGUGAUGGCUUCUCAUGAUACUGUAAUUUCUGACUUUAUUCCAUAUAACAAGAUUCAUUUGAAAGGGAAACAAGAUGAUACAUUUUCAAAUUAUUCAAACUCUAGUGUCAUGAACAUGACAAUGCCAGUAAAUGAGGAAGACUCUGCUGAGAAUUCCGAUAUUAAAUCUGAUAAUGGAAAUGUUCAAGGUACUAAAUCAGAUUAUAAACAUAAAGUUCAUAAAGACUCUAAUGGAGCAAACAAGCUAUUGAAUGACGGGAUUAGCGUUACAGCUGCUAGUAUGUUUGCUGCUGUUGUUGCAGCUAUGUUAAUUUGA